AUGUUCUUCUCAAGGUUUGGGAGGGUAGGGCAAGUUCCGCACAAGGUAGUCGUGGAAGACGAGGUACAAGGGAAGAUGGUCAUCAACGACGAGGUAAUGACAGACUACGCAAUUCAGAUUCAAUGCAUGGGCUCUGCGCAACGCUGGCUGGACGAAGAAAACAACUGGGACGGGCCAAAGUACGUUCGUGGAAAGUGUUGGCUUCUCACCAUGGUGGAUGGAAUGUUUGCAUGUGAGCAGAUGACUGGCUGGAGUGGACAAAGACAGUACGACCUUCUCCGGAUGCGCCUUCCAGGUGUGAACGAGGCAGAGAAUAACGAUCAGGAGUUUUCGAUGAAGAUAGUAGAGAAGGUUGUAAGCAAGAGCUGGGCGAUGAAACUCAGUCAUGGCUUUGGGGCGCAAUUAUUUGGCGGCGACACAUUGGGUAUGUUGUGGAGAAAGCACGAUGGGAGUGAUUGUGGCAAGGCGGUUACUAGGGGCGUUUUGAUGGAACAUGCCUUGGUCCUCACUAUAUCAUUGAUUGUCUCUUGGUGCUCUCUACAGCUUGAUAAGUGUAAUGCCGAUCAAGUGGCUGGUGUGAUGCAACUACACCCAAAUCGAUUCUCAAUAGGGAGUGAUGGGCAAGGUCAUUUGAAUGGUGAGGUUUAUCUUCGAUGUAAUCCUGUUCCAAUACUCAUGUAA